AUGCUGUCAUCAACUGUGGUGUACCCACUCGAGAGCUACAGUCUGCAGGAGCGUUCGGCUCAGACAGAGGACGGCGAGCUGCUGGUCCCGCCAGCACCGCCUGCGCCCGAGGACCCCACAGCUCCACUGCCGCCGCCGCCUGCACCGCCUGUCCGCGACCUGCGUGGCGAGUACAAGCGCAACGGGAUGCGAACGUCGGUGUAUGCAGUCAUUCUUGUCCACCGCCAUGGACACCCGCACGUGCUGGCGCUCUCGGCUGCCGCCCGUCCGCCGCCGGACUCGGCCUUUCCCACAGGCUUCAUGCUCCCCGGCGGGGUGCUCAAGCCGGGCGAGGACGAACGCGACGGGCUGAAGCGAGUGCUGGAGGCGCGGAUCGGUGUUGAUCCCGACGUUGUUGCCGAGGCCCGUGAGCUGGAAGCACGCGGGGUGGCGCUGGCAGGGGCAGUGCCGGCCGAUCAGCUGGUCGUUCCGUGGGAGAUCGGCGAGCUCGUGGCGAGCUGGUGGCGGCCGUCGUUUGCCUCGCCGGCACUCUAUCCCUACCUUCCUGUGCAUGUCUCCAAGCCGCGCGAGUGCAUUCGGCUCUUCCACGUUCAUCUCCCGCAGAAGCGGACGUUUGCCAUCCCGUCCAACUAUCGGCUCACCGCCGUCCCGUUCUUCGACCUCUUCAACAACCAGGGCCAGUACUCGAACCUGCUUGCCAGUGUCCCGCACCUCUUCUCGCGCUACACCAUCACAUUUGCAUCGGCUGACGACGACGACGAGGACGACGACAUCUUCUCAUCGUCGUCAGACUCGGACGACGACGACAACCUCGCACUGGCCCAGUCGGCCAUGGCCAACGCCGACGACGAUGACGAGGUCCUUGGCAUGGAACUGGAAGAUGCGGAGGAGCAGGCACUGUAGUCUUGCCAAUGAACCAGCACUUUACCGU